CCAGCCGCUCAGGGCGCAGCGCUCCCUCCUCCCGGCGGCCGCCCGCGCACGGACAGACAUGAUUCUUCGCUCCUGUAAAUAACAAACCCGCUGGACUCUCCUCGUUUCUUUCUUCUUUUCUUUUUACAUAAAUACAUGUCCUCUGCCUGGUACUCUCCCUCCGACACCAGCGCCUUUCUGCCCGGCCACCGUCCCAGGCAGUCGCGAGGCAGCGCUGAAUGAGCCUGAGAAAUAAAUGGUGUGAACAGUGUUGGAAUGCAACAGGAUUAUCAUCUGACGCUGACUUGGAAGGAGGCGAAGCGAUCAGGCCACAAGCUUACACAUUUUCUGGUCCCGGCUGCUCUACCAUGCCUGUGAGGCUACCAUGUCUUCGCUGAAGCACGUUAUUCUGCAGGAUAAGGACCAGGACGAUGAGAAGAGGCUGGAGUGGAGUUACAUCGAAUGGGCGGAGAAUGAAGUGGUCACGACAGGUGUGGCGAACGCACAGACCCAGACGGACUCGUGCUCUUUUGAGCACAAGGAGUGUCAGACCAGCAGCCCCGUCAUAAUGCACAUAGAUCUCACACGGACGCACUCGAAGCUCAGACACUUGUCCCUGGUAGACCCCGAGAGCUUCCAGUUUGACCGCCAGGCCCCCGGGCGCAUCUCCACCUCUCCCACCCUGAGGAGGAUGAGGAGCACCCGGCGGUCGGUGACGGACUCCGUCAGGAUGGGCUCCACUCAGGAGGAGCCGUCGUCUGCAAGCACGCCGUCCCCCAUGAGUCCCUUUUCUCCCUCGCACAGAGUCCGGUCUCCCUUAGCAGCGGACCCUGUCCCCGAUGGAGAGACUGAGAUUCGGUCAGUUUCAUCCUCAGACCGACAGAGAACCAGAUCAAAGAGAUCAAAGACUUUAGACAAUGGUGUCACUUCCCCCGGACAAGGCGGCCACAGUGCUAAACCAACAGUUAAAGACGUUGGAUUCUCUGAUGGUGAUUUGCAGGACAAGGAGCUCCUCCAUAUUAGGCUUCAGGAAAGGAGGCGGAGCUCUGUGGUGGUCAGCUUGCCUGGACUGGACGUUUCACCUGGAGACCUUUUUGUUUCGAACGGAGCAGCUGACAUAUUAAACGGCUCAAACUUCUCUGAUACUAAGAAGUCAAAGUGGCCCUUUUCGAGGCGUAGUACGACUAAAGGAAAGCCUCAGAUCGGCACAGUAUCAGAUAUUGAAAAAUACCUUUCAACAGCACAGAUUCAGGACUGGAGGAGCUCUGACCUUCAGAAAUAUAAGGAUUACUCUCUGGCUGAUUUCCUGAGGGAGCAGUCGUCUCAGGUGGCCCCGUCCUCCGACCCUCAGGUCUUCAAGAAACAAGAGGCCAUGUGGGAGCUCGUCACCAGCGAGUGUGUUUACUUCCUGGACCAGCUUAUGGUUCUCAAAGAGGUGUUUUUGGCGACGCUUUCGAACCUGCAGCUGAGGAACUGCCUAAGUGAUGUUGACUUGUGGCGGCUGUUUGCAAACCUGAAUGAACUCUGCCUGGUGAGCUUUGGUUUCCUUAACAACCUCCUCCGUGCCAUUAAAGAAGCCCUGGACAUUAGCGAGGGUGGCGGGCCCACCCUGCUGGAGCUGCUGAGCAAGGCGUUCCAGGAGAGCAUCUGCCACAGCCUGCAGAAGUACUGUCUCAACUACUCCACGGCGCUGCAGUAUCUGGACACGCUGAAGUCCAGAGAGGACUUUGGAUUCUACGUGAAGUGGUGUGAGAGGAACGAGCAGUGCCGGCGGCUGCAGCUGCGCGACCUGCUGGUGGCGCCGUUGCAGAGGCUGACCAGAUACCCGCUGCUGCUGCGCAACAUUGCGAAAAGAUGUCAGCUGGAUGAGGAAAGAGGGGAGCUGCAAGCUGUAGCGGAGCAAGUGGACACAUCUAUAUGUGAUUUGGAGGGAAAGGUCAAAUGGCUGGAUAACUACCAGAAGGUGAAACAGCUGCGAGACGCCCUGGUGUGGCUGCCGGUGUGGGAGCGGGACAAGCGCGCCUUCGUCCCUGAGAAUCUCAAGCAUCUGCUGAAGGCCGUCACUCUGGAGAACCUCAUCUCUCACAGGAGCCUGCUGCACGAGGGGAAGCUGGUGCUCACAGAGAACACAAAGCUGAUAGAUGUGUAUCUGUUCCUGUUCGACGAAUUCCUGCUCAUAACAAAGAUAAAAAGAAACAAGAAGAAGUCCGUCGGUCCCGAGCAGAAUCCUCUGAGGCUGCAGCAGAACCUGGAGCUGGAUCAGCUGCUGAAGGACGGCUGCGUCUUCACGGUUCUCGACCAGCCGGUUUCUCUGGACCGGCUCCAGCUCAGGAACAUCGACCAGCUCAACGCCUCCACGUCGGGCCUGCCUCACUCCUUCAUCAUAAUGCACCAGAACCGCUACCAGCAGUGUAUCGGUGCCUUCAUCCUUCAAGCGGCUUCAGAGUCGUCCAAGAGAGUGUGGAUGUCGAAGAUAGAGGGCGCCGUCACUACGCUGCUGAAGCUGGACUCUCAGCAGCCGCGGGUCAAGAGCUCCUCGCUGUGGCUGGAGUCGUCUCAGAUCUGAGCCAUCAGACAGCCUCCGAAGCCCCGACUCCCGUCAACAUGCACUUCACUGUCCCCUCCUGUCUGUGAAUGACUGUUUUAGCACUAGCAUCAUUUUGUAAACUAAAUGUUUGCCUCCAAAGGCAGCUGCUGCAGUAGUGGACAAUAAAUAUUUGUGUAGUAGAA